AUGUAUACUACAGUAUCAGUUUCUGUAUAAGAAUUUAGAGGAAUUCGAACAGCCUCUACUGCUGGAACUUCAAGUUAUAGAGACUUUUAAAGAUUACCUGCUACUAAAACUAAUUAUAAAAGAUAAUAUUUGAAAGGAGCAUCUAAUCGCGUAAAAUCAUUAAAAGAGGAAUCUCAUUUUGUUUAAUUGUGGAGUGAUCGAAAAUCAAAUGAGAAAAUAUUUAAAUUUAAUAGAUAAGACUAACUAUUAAAUUAUAGAAAUUUACAUUUAAACAAGUUAUAGCCAAUAUAAAAUCAAGAACAAAAUCUCGAAAAUUAAUAACAUUAAGAAUAAUAUAAUAAAUCAUAGAUUAUAUCUCCAAAUAAUAAUUUAAGAAGUUCUGCUAUUUAAUUAGUCACUGAUUAGAAGAAUUAACUAAUAGAACUAAUUUAUAAUUCAUAAUCAGUGAUUACAUAAUAAAAGAGAUCUUCUUCUCAUUAAUAAAAAACAGAAGGUUUUUAAAAUAUGAAAGUACCUACUUAAAUUACAGUACCAUCACCAAAAACAAUGAAACAUCCACCUUAAAUUUUAGGUUAAUUAAAUAUUUUAAACAGAAAUAAGAAUGAUCUUUUUAUAAAAAGUACUCAACUUACAUCUUAUGGUUCUCUAAAAAUAACUACAUAAGAAGAAAGAUAAGGAAUUCCUCCUAAACCAAAGAUUCCUACUUCUUUGGAUGGUGCAAAGAAAUUCUUAAAAUAAUUUAUUUGA